AUGGUGCCCGACCUCCAGCUCGCUUUUCACCGCAUCGUGUGGGCCUGCGCCAUCCUCGGCACGCAUGUCCUUCUCAAGGGCGAGGCACGCGCGUUUCUCUCUGGCAUCACGAGCUGGCGACUUCUGCUCACGUUUGUCUUCUCGAGCGCUCUCAUCUUUGCCAACUGGUACCUCCUCGUGUGGGCCGUCAACGCGGGUUUCAUCGUCGAGGCCGCGCUCGGUCUCUUCAUCAACCCGAUGUUCAGCGUCGUCUUUGGCGUGCUCGUGUUUCACGAGCGUCUGCGCCUCUGGCAGUGGGUUGCCGUUGGCUUGGCGCUCGCUGGCGUCCUUGUCUGCGCGAUCGGCUACGGCAAGGUCCCGUACAUUGCGCUGAGCAUGGCCAUCACGUUUGCGAUCUAUGGCGUCAUCAAGAAGCAGACGACGAUGCUGGCGCGCCACGGCAUGCUGCUCGAGACGCUGCUCGUGUGUCCGCUUGCGAUCGCGUACUUGGUGUACGUCGAGUGCACGGGCACCGGCGCCUUCUUGCACGGAGCGACAACCACUAGUGUGCUUUUGGUGGGCGGUGGCGUCGUGACGAUCGUACCGCUGCUCUUGUUUUCGAUGGCGGCGCAACUGAUUCCGUUGAGUCUCCUUGGCAUUCUGCAGUACAUUGCGCCGACGAUGCAGUUUCUCUUUGGGGUGUUAAUGUACGACGAGCCGCUCACGACACUCAAGCUGAUGGGUUUUGUGCUUGUCUGGGCGGCGCUCGCCGUGUACUCGGGCGAAGGUCUCUGGCAGCGCGCGUCCAAAGUGCCAGUCGAGGUCGACACGACGCUGGACGACGCGUGUGACGACGACGGUAUCGCCGAGUACAAGGACGCGGCGCUAGUCUGAUUGACCCGAGCGACGAUGGCAGCAGCGGCCACCACGUUUUGCCGUGAUGUGCGCUACUCUAGCUAUUUGAUCCUAAGCUAUCUGAACACAAGCAACAUGCCACGGUGG